UCAUUCGUUACAAGAUGUCAGCAUGUGUUUGUUAAAAUUUUGGGGACGAAAGUGCAUGAUAUGUACAAUAGAUGGCGACAGAAAAUAAAGCAGCCAUCUUUGUUAUAGCCUGCGUUUAUGAUUUGAGAAGUUUUGGGGAGGAAAUCCUUGAACCAAAAGUUUGGUAUUUUAUCUGAAGAUAUUUAUCGUAG